ACCGACAGCAGGGUGGCAGGGGAGGUGCCCUUGCGCGGAUUGGAGGGGGCAGCCAUGGGGCGGAUCCAGGGCGCUGAUUGGCACGCGCUCCGAGCCCGGCGUGGCGAUUGGGCGCAGGCGCUGUCAGCCGCGCGGGUAGGGCGGGGCUCCGGGCGGGGCGAGGGCGCGGGUGCGGGCGAUCGCUGCGGCCGCGUCAUGUCCUCCGAGGUGGCCGCGCGCCGCGACGCCAAGAAGCUGGUGCGCUCCUCCAGCGGCCUGCGCAUGGUGCCCGAGCACCGCGCCUUCGGCAGCCCCUUCGGCCUGGAGGAGCCGCAGUGGGUGCCGGACAAGGAGUGCCCAAGAUGUAUGCAGUGUGACACCAAGUUUGACUUCCUUACCAGAAAGCACCACUGUCGCCGGUGCGGCAGGUGCUUCUGUGACAAGUGCUGCAGCCAGAAGGUGCCGCUGAGGCGCAUGUGCUUCGUGGACCCCGUGCGACAGUGUGCCGAGUGCGCCCUGGUGUCCCACAAGGAGGCAGAGUUCUACGACAAGCAGCUCAAAGUGCUCCUGAGUGGAGCUACCUUCCUCGUAACUUUUGGAAACUCGGAGAAAUCAGAAACAAUGGUUUGUCGUCUUUCCAACAACCAGAGAUACUUGCUUCUGGAUGGAGACAGCCACUACGAGAUUGAGAUCGCACACAUUUCAACCGUGCAGGUUCUCACAGAAGGCUUCCCUCCUGGAGAAAAAGACAUUCACUCUUACGCCAGCCUCCUGGGGAGCCAGCCCGGCUCAGAAGGAGGCAAUGCGCGGGCCACAGGCAUGUCCCUGCAGUACACAACACCAGGGGCAGAUGGUGUGACCCAGCUGAAGCUGACGGCUGGGGAGGAUGCAAAUGCCAGCAGAAGGCAGUCAACGGCGUGGCUGGCAGCCAUGCACAAGGCUGUCAAGCUCCUCUACGAAUCUCGGGACCAGUAACUCCACGUGGGACAGACAGCUUGGAACAGUGGAGCCUGCGCUCUGUGCACGCACAGACGCUAGUUCCACACGUGGUGGGAAAUGCAAUUCAAGUAUUUGGAGAAACAGAAGCGUUCGCUUACCUAGUGCAAUAUGUACACAGUUUAUUAAUGCUCUAAACAGCUUCAUGCUUUAGAAUUUGUGAAUACACAAAUAUCUUGUUGAUAAUUGGGGAUGGGAGAGACUGAGCUACACUACCGCUAAACUAUUUUUAGCAUAAUUUAUGCCACGUUUUUAUGAGUGCCCAGGUUUACUAGAAGUUUCUGGCCCCCUAGUGUCUCAUUAAUUCUUCCAUAAAAUGAUUUGGGCAGUGGUGGCUCAGGCUUGAUUUGUCCUGGAGCCUGCCGGGUUUCUCAUACACCUGUGUACAGUCUGCCUGAGCCCAUUUCACAGACUGUCCGUUUACUGAGUCACUAAUUUGGGGCUAUGAACAAACCUUUGAGAUGUCACUAAGGGGAAGGAUCCAGCUUUGUGUUUUAUACUUUUCACUUACUGUUCCACUUUAUUAAAAUAAUUGUACAAUAAUUUGUAUAUAAAGCUUAUGAUUAAAUCCUAUUUUGAAAAUACA